AAGUUGGAGCAUGAUUUAUUAUUGAUUGUCUUCCUUAUGAGUGGCGGUGGCAGCCUAUUAUGCAUAUUAAUGCAUUCCUUUCUGGUAAUUCUUUUGGCAGCCAAUAAUUCUUCCGGGUUUUUAUUACGUUGUUAUUACUUCCUUAUCGAUCAUUAAAUCAUCAAUUUCUGAGGCGACCUGUUGAUAUUUCGAGUGGUUAGCGAACGAGUAUAAAUUAUUGUAUUCAUUGUAUGGGACCGAGGUGGGACAAUUUAAUUGGGUGUCCUAUGUCUUUCCUAGUGUCACUAUUAUUCUCAAAGCCCUAAUCUAAGACAUGAACAUAUGGUUGCUCACUUUGCUAGCGCAACUUUGCCUUAAAACGGGAGGUCCGGAGGACGAUUCCCAACAAUCACAUAUUAUCUUAUCUACUUCGAGCCUUCCCGUGCGGGGUGUGGACUGUGGGCUGAGGCCAAGGCCCAUUGUAGAGAUGUUGCGCUCGAACCAUUUUUUCACAAAAAAAUAGUACCACCACGAAUAGAAAAUAAAAUAAAAUAAUAUGGGUGAACGGAUUUUUUUGGAGAAAUGCACUUUGCUUUAUUAGUUGGUUUGGAUUACUUACUUCCCCUAUAUAAUAUGUUGCGAUCUAAGCAAAAUCUAGACAUGUUCUCAUGUUUUUAUUCACGUGGAGGUCAGAAGUAACUAGGUUGCUUACCCUUAUUUUCUUAUAUAUCAGCUCAUACAACUAGAGGCUCCACCCACUUACAAAACUCCUCACAAUUUCAGCCACUAAAUAUGAACGGUGGAGCAAAAAAUAGCCGUGUUGCAGAGAAAAGAGCAUGCAAAACAGUUGAUUGGCUAGCAAAGGUAAAUAUAUGAGAGAACGCAUGCACACCAAAGAGUGUAUGCAGAUCGUGCUUCAAAGUUUAUUGUUUUCAUAUAAUAGUUGGUCCAAUAAAGUGUAUUUUACAAAUUAAGGAAGGUAACCUAUUUACUGUAUUAAGCAAAAAGGAGAAUGCACGGGUAUUCACGAUAAAGUAGUCCCGCCUCAGUCUCUUACAUCAAAUCCCUUACUAGAAGUUGAAAAUUUGUACCUGCUGCAAUUUUGAGUAGCUUGAAAAUUUAAGUGGCAUUUGGGAAUAUGAAAUAUUAUGAACUUUCCAAAAAAAGAAAUAUUAUCAACGUGAUAUAUGGAAUUUUCUUAAACAAAUAGUAUGAGGUGAUUCGUGCAUAACAUAUGAUGUAUAUCUAAAUAUCACAAUGAGAAAAGAUAAAAAAUCUAAAACAAAACUAUAUUGUUAACAUGCACUUAUUUGAAUAUGUGUUCUUUUCUUAAAAAACAAAUUACAUAUUCACAUAAUAAAAGACCGUUUGAACCAGUUACAAAAAAAUUAGUUCUUAAAGUUUAAACAUUCCUUGAGCUGGCGCGGUUCAAUGACACGUGUGUCAAUUUCAUCACGUUGGGAUUGACCACAUUCAGGCGCAUUUUCAUCGUUUGGAAACCAAGGCCAUCUUGGGUGAAGAUGGGAAGAAGGAUAAGCGGCGAUACGGGUAGAGCGCCACGUUGAAUUAGAAGACGUGGACAUGCUUGUACCAUGCUUAUUGGGUUCACGUUGUUUUUUUUCACCCGUUUCAAUGUAGGAGCAUGUUUGCUAGUAUAUACACACGCAAUGCUGGCUUCGCCUACAACUGGGAAUUUAGAGCUUCUUAUGAAACACUUUAGAAGUUGUGUGACUAAAAUACUCAUCACCGACGACUUGCUGACUUGUAUGAGUCAUGAUGCAUUUAUCUCUUUCCAAGAGUCCAGGUCCAUUCCACGAGUGAACCACCUUCACUGUAGCUGGCCAAAAGUGCCAUAUAAAUAGCAAUACCAUCUCCUCAGCCCGAUCGCGUCCACAACCCGAAAGACACACAAACGUUUCCUUACGCACAUACCAUGCACGUGGCCAUGAUCUGGAUGGUGGCAGCCGGCGUGAGUGUGGCGCUGGCCUCGUCGUGGAUCCUCAGCGCGCUGUGGCGGUACGUGUGGAGGCCCCGCGCCAUAACCAGGGCGUUCCGCGCGCAGGGCGUGGGCGGGCCGGACUACCGGUUCCUGGUCGGCAACAUCGGCGAGAUAAAGCGCCUCCUCAUCGAGAGCGCAGGCCUCGUGCUCGACCUAGGCUGCCAUGACUACAGCGCCCUGGUGCAGCCCCACUUUCGCAAAUGGAUGGCCCAAUACGGACGGACAUUCGUCUCGUGGCCCGGGGAGAAGCCGGAAUUGUUCAUGGGGGAUGUGAACAUGGUGAAGCAGGUGCUCUCCGACCGCACGGGGCUUUUUCCAAAGAAUCCCGUGAAUGAUCAUUUCACCCGCUUGCUUGGUAAGGGACUCAUCCUCAUCGACGGCGACGAGUGGAAGCGCCACCGGAAGGUUGUCCACCCAGUGUUCAGUGUCGACAAGCUAAAGAUGUUGGCUAUGACAGUGUCUGAUUGUGUCGGGUUAAUGCUGGCGGACUGGGAAGCAAAAUUGGAGAUGAAUCGGGGUCCUGUAGAGAUUGAUAUUAGUUGCCAGUUCGAGGAGGUUGCAGCCGACGUGAUCUCACAUGUGGCAUUUGGCAGAAACCAUAAAGAGGCCAAGGAAGUCUAUCUGGUGCAGAAAGAGCUCCAGUUUCUUGCCUUCAACAGUAUAUUUAAUGUUUUGAACCUCAUCCCGGGCUUCAGGUACCUUCCUACCAAAAAUAACCUAAAGAUGCAUAUGCUCGAGAAACAGGUGAGGAGCAUACUCAUGAACAUCAUAAAAAAUCGGGUUAACUGCAAGGACACUGUGGGAUACGGGAAUGACAUGCUUGGGAUAAUCCUGAAUGCAUGCGCGCCAGAGCACGUGCAAAACCCCCUCAUGAGCAUGGAGGAGAUCAUAGAAGAGUGCAAGACUUUUUACUUAGCUGGACAUGAGACCACCGCGCAGCUGCUCACCUGGACUAUGUUCUUGUUAAGCACACACUCAGAGUGGCAAGAGAAGCUCAGGGAGGAGGUGGUGAGAGAAUGUGGCAAGGAUAUCCCUACAGAUGACAAGCUCAACAAUAUGAAGCUGGUCAACAUGUUCAUUCUAGAAACUCUCAGGCUAUACGGCCCGGUCACAAACAUCCAGAGGAAAACAGGCUCCAAUCUUGAGCUCGGCGGCAUCAAGGUACCGGAAGGCACAAUUCUAUCAACACCGAUCAAGACGAUACACCGUGACAAGGAACUUUGGGGCAAGGACGCUGAAGAGUUCAAGCCACAGAGAUUCGAGAACGGGGUGGGCAGGGCUGCGAAGCACCCAUAUGCAUUUCUACCUUUCUCUAUAGGGCCAAGGGCUUGCAUUGGGCAGAACUUUACAAUGAUCGAGGCGAAGGUUGUGUUCGCGAUGAUCCUGCAGAGGUUCUCAGUCUCGCUUUCCCCCAACUAUGUCCAUGCACCGAUGGAUGUAUUCACGAUACGGCCCAGAUACGGUCUGCAAGUCGUCAUCAACAGCUUGCAGAUCUAGAUUUGUGCUUUUAUUGGGAAAAUGUGUUGCUACCUAACAUGGAAUGUAGCACGGAACAUGCAACUCAAUCCAUGAUUGGCUAUUAAUAAUUCAAUUAUUUCAUCAUCUUCAAUGUACUACAGCCUCCCCAUUACACUUCAAUAAAGUUGCUACUUAAUGCAUAGAAAAUGAUGGAUUAUGCACGUGGGUAGGUUUCAAUAUACAAUCUUCAUUGUUUUGGA